UUUGGCAAGGAGUGUGGUGCCCGGCGGUGCCAAAGAAGCUUUUUUUGAAGUUUGAUUUGGUUGAAGAUAAUAUUAUAUUCUUUUAUAUGACUGUUUAAGCUGUUAUUGUCUGUGAUUGGAGAAUGAAGUGGUGGACUGUGGAAUGAAGAUUCAAAACACCAAAUAAAUAAUAAGCCUUGCAAGUCCAAGCUUAUCAAAAUCAAAUAAAUAAUUAAACCACCGGCCAGUGAACGAUUUAAUCUAUUUAAUAGUGUACUGUGUGGUGUUUAUUAUAAUAAUAUAUAAUUAUUCAUUUUUAUAUGUAAAUCAUCAUAAUUUAGCAAGCCUUCAUCAUGGAAAAUCAUAUUAGAUGUUUUGAUGAUAUCUCUAAAAAAGUUUUUAACGAUGAAGGGGUAACAACUAAUUCAUCAUCAGAACAGAAAUAUGUAGAAAAUCUAAUUUUGAAAAUAUACAAACAAUUUGAACAGAAAGCUUCAAUUGAUCCAGACUUGCCUAAACUUAACAAGAAUGCUCAUGCUAAAUUUUUAAAGAAUGCCUUAAUCAGUUUACCACAAAGCUAUACAUGUUUAGAUGCGAGUAGACCUUGGUUAAUUUACUGGAUAUUGCAUGCUUUGUGGGCUUUGAAGGAUAUGCCUGAUUCAGAAACUCUAUCGCAUACUGUGAGUUUUCUAUCUCAAUGUCAGCACAAGGAAGGCGGCUAUGGUGGUGGUCCAGGACAGUAUUCACAUCUGGGCACCACAUAUGCUGCUGUUAAUGCUCUAAGUAUUAUUGGUACAGAUGAAGCUUACAAUUCAAUUGAUAGAAGCUCUUUACAAAAAUUCCUGUGGACAGUUCGUGAAGUUGAUGGUUCUUUUGCUCUGCACAGAGGAGGGGAACAAGAUAUAAGGGGUGCCUAUUGCGCUGUGAGUACAGCUAAACUAACCAACACAUUCACAGAGGCUUUGUUUGACAAAACAGCAGAAUGGAUUGUGAGUUGCCAGACCUACGAAGGAGGGUUUGCUGGGUGCCCAGGAAUGGAAGCGCAUGGAGGUUAUGCCUACUGUGGAAUAGCUGCACUAGCAUUAUUAAAUAGAACUAAGCUUUGUGAUUUGGAUGCAUUGCUGAGGUGGUGUGUUAAUCGUCAGACAUCUGUAGAGGGAGGGUUUCAAGGUCGUACAAAUAAACUUGUUGAUGGUUGCUACUCUUUUUGGCAAGGUGCUAUCUUCCCUAUCAUUAGUGCAAUAUUAGCUCAAGAUCACAAGGAAAUGAUAGAAACAGUACUGUUCAAUCAAGGUGCCUUACAGGAAUAUAUUAUAGUUUGCUGUCAAGCUCCUGAUGGAGGACUGAUUGACAAGCCUGGAAAGCCUCGAGAUAUAUACCACACUUGCUAUACACUAAGUGGUUUGUCAGUUGCUCAACAUGGCACGGGGGCCAAUGAUGCUUAUGUUGUGGGAUCGCCACACAAUGAGUUGAACAGGAUACACCCCCUACAUAAUAUUGCUCCUCACCUUGCAUAUAAUGCUCUACAUUAUUUCAUUAGACAUCCCCCACCAGUGAAGGAUAAAAAUUAAUUUAUAUUAUUGUAGAUACAUAAGUACAUGAUACAUUAGUGUUUUUAAAUUAACAUUAAGUUUUCAUGUUUGGUUUCAUGAAAUAAAAAUUACAAAUUUAUUUUAUUGCUUGCUGGAUUUUGUAAACUUAGCUAAUAUUUUAAUUCAUCAUAAUAUAAGCCUCAGAUAGAACCACUCUAAGUUCUCACUUAUCUGACUAGAUAAAUGUUUUGUAUCUUAAAAUUAGCUGGCACCCAUGCAAAUCUAACUUUAUGAGUUAAGUUCAUUUUAAUGUUAACUUUGAAGAUAGCAGGUGAAGUGCCUGUCAGCACUUGAGUAGGGUAGUAAUGAUGUUUUAUCUAAACAUUUGAAUUGCAUGAAUCUAUGCACAUAAUAAAGGACUGGUUAUAAGCUGACUGACACAAACUGAAUGGCUCAAUGAAGUCCAAUUUUGUAUGUAUGGAUGUCGCAUAAUAUAUCUAAUUGAUAAUUA